AUGGCCAACAAGGCUGUUAUCUGCCCUCGGCAUAGUUCCCAUAAUCCCAUGUGCCUGAUCGACCCCAGCAAUACCCCGGAUACCCUUGACCCAGGGACAUUACCAGCAUUUCUAUUCAAGGGUGGUACGGACACAAACUCCAGCGGAGCCUCGGAUCUUUGCAAGCUGAGCUGUGCCGAUGAGAAAUGCGAUGCCGGCGGAGUCAGGUCGCCCACCCCCAAUCAGCAGCAGACGAAUCGAAUGACGUCGCCCCGUUGUUCGCGCCUAGAUGAGCCGAGCACCGCACGCACUCGGACCGGUGAGUGCAGUUCAGCGUGUGGUGCAUUGCCGCUGCGACGACACCGAACAAACGCCAACACCAAACCCCGUGCUUCCCCCAUUUCCGUCGUUUUCCUCUUCAUCGACUCACUUCCAACUCUCCUCAACCUCACACCAACUUCUCACCACGCAUCUCACGACCUACACCUGCAAUACUAUCAGUAG